GCGGUGCUUGUUUACUCGACACAGCCAGAAGAAGUUUGCGCAUGGUUUAAGGUUCAAGGCUGCUCUGCUCCUCAAAAUCGUAUUUUUAUUUUGUUGCUUGUGCACCAGUUCCCCUCCCUCAGAAAAACAAUUACAUUUCAAUUUAUUUUAUAAAGAAGAAACACAAGAGAAAGAGAAAAAAAAUUGGGAAAAAGAAAAUCACUUUGGAAUGUGUUGAAGCCAAAAGGGGGAAAAAAACCUUCAAGGAUUUUGUUAUGCAGUUUGGCGCCUGGUGUUCUGAUAAUUUAUUAAACAUUUUUUUUUGUUUUGUUCCUAUGGUGAAUUAGAGAUCUUUUUGAUAUUUUCUUUGGGCGACUUUGCAAUAGAGGAAAAAAAAGAAGAGGAAGCCCAGGCAGAAAGCCAAAGAAAAUCAAGUUGAUAUCGGCUCAAGGAAAAUUGUCUUGGAGGAUAUUUUGGUUUAUGUUUGUCGUUUUCUCGACAGAUUGUUUCCUGAAGGGAUUUUAUUUUUAAUUUUCUCUCCUCUCAGGACUGGUAAUGUGGGGGAAGAAAGCGGACAGUUUCAUCUUCCCGUGAUAUCAUCGACUUAAAAGGAAAUAUAAAUAUAUUUUUAAAAAAGGAGUUUGAAGAUGAUAUAAAAGAAGGAAAUGAGGGCUCUCUUGCACUGGGGACUUUGGCAGUGAAGCCACAAGCUUUACAACUCCAAUGUGAUUUCCAGAGUUUUUUUGCAGAAGGGGAUUGAGGAAGAUUUCUUCUGCUGUUGUGGAAAAAUUAAUCCUUCAGAAACAAAAUAUAGAAGAGGGGACUUAUUUUUUUCACCUUAUUCUCACCAACAAUCUCAUCAAAAAAGACUUUGUGGAGUCAGGGGGUGAAAAGUACAGAUUAUUCCCCCACCCUCAUGAACAGAAUGAAAGAUUUGUUCCAAUUUAACUGCCAAGAUCACUUUAUUUAAUAUUUGUUCAGAGAAGAUUCAAGAAAAUUUAAUUUAGGGUGCCUAAAAUAGUUGUUAUUCUUUGAGAGAUUGCUUUAAAUAAAACUGACAGUUCUAAGUGCUCUCCCAAAAACAACUUUUAUUGGGCUUGCCCUGCAUCCCUGAGUUUUAUUUUAGUUUUUAUUCAAUUGUAACCAAGGCUUGUGUGUUUGUGGGGAAGGUGGGUUUUGAUUUUGAACUGCAUCAAGAGGUUUCCAGUUCCAGGAUGGGGAGGAAGACUUUGAUAUCAACCAUGGUGACCCUCUUCAUCCUGGCCAAUGUUGGCCCAACAGAACCAAAAGUUUGUCAAAGCAUAGACAUUCGAAACAACAUUACACACUUGCAGCAGCUGAGAAACUGCACCGUCAUUGAGGGAAAUCUGCAGAUCCUGCUGAUGUUUGGCACCAAAACCGAGGAUUUUCGUGGUCUGAGCUUCCCAGAGCUCACAAUGAUCACAGAGUACCUGCUCCUUUUCCGCGUCUACGGCCUGGAGAGCUUGAAAGAUCUCUUCCCGAACUUGACUGUGAUCCGUGGGACAAGGCUUUUCUUCAACUAUGCUCUGGUAAUCUUUGAGAUGCUGCAUUUCAAAGAGAUUGGUCUGUACAACCUGGUGAACAUCACCCGGGGCGCAGUGAGGAUUGAGAAAAACCCAGAGCUCUGCUACCUCUCCACCCUUGACUGGUCGAAGAUUCUGGACUCAGUGGAGGACAAUUACAUAAAGUCCAAUAAAGACGACAGAGAGUGCGGUGACGUGUGUCCAGGUGCCUUGAGAGGGAAAAGCAACUGUCCCCAGACGGUAUUCAAUGAUCAGUUUAACCAUCGAUGUUGGACAAGUGAACACUGCCAAAGAGACUGUUCCUCUGAGUGCCGUCGGAAAGCCUGUACCCCCACUGGCAAGUGCUGUCAUGAUGAAUGCCUGGGCACUUGCACAGAGCCUGGCAGCGCGGCAAAGUGUGUGGCGUGCCGACACUACUACUACAACGGUGUGUGCAUCCCCGAUUGUCCCCCUGGCACCUACAGGUUUGAGGCCUGGCGCUGCAUUACCUUCUCUUUCUGUCAGAUGCUGCACAAUGAAUGCAAACCUUCCAAGGAGACCGAGUGCACCCGAUAUGUCAUCCACAACGGAGAGUGCAUGCCUGAAUGUCCUUCAGGAUACAUAGUGAAUUCUUCCAGUCUCCUCUGUGUACCUUGCACCGGAUUGUGUCCAAAAAUUUGCCCGGUGAAUGUAAAGACCAUCGAAUCGGUGACAGCUGCUCAGGAGCUGCGAGGUUGCACCAUCAUCAAAGGCAGCUUGGUCAUCAACAUCCGUGGAGGAACUAACAUUGCAGCAGAGUUGGAAGCAAACCUGGGCUUGAUCGAGGUGAUCAGUGGGUACCUGAAGAUUCGCAGCUCCUAUGCUUUGGUGUCACUGUCUUUCUUUCGCAGCCUGAGGUCGAUCCAAGGUGAAACUCUGGAACCUGGGAAUUACUCCUUCUAUGUAUUGGACAACCAGAACCUGCAGCAACUGUGGGACUGGAGGAAGCACAACCUGACCAUCUCCCAGGGCAAGAUGUUUUUUCACUUCAACCCCAAGCUGUGUCUGUCCGAAAUCUACAAGAUGGAGGAGGCCACAGGGACCAAAGGCCGGCAGGAGAAAAUGGAUAUUGCUCAGAAAACAAAUGGAGACCAGGCGUCCUGUGAAAGUCAGCUCCUGAGGUUUGUUUCCAAUAAAACGGGAACAGAUAAAAUAAUGUUGAAAUGGGAGCCGUACUGGCCACCGGACUUCAGAGAUCUCUUGGGUUUCAUGGUAUUCUUCAAGGAAGCCCCCUAUCAGAACGUGACGGAGUUUGAUGGGCAGGAUGCCUGUGGGUCAAACAGCUGGAAGGUGGUUGAUGUAGAGCCCCCUGGGCGGUCCGAGGGGAAGCUUCAGAACCCAGGCACUCUGCUUCGUGGCCUCAAACCUUGGACACAGUACGCAAUCUUCGUGAAGACCUUGCUCACGAUAAGUGACGAGCAGCACAAUCAUGGAGCCAAAAGCGAGAUUGUCUACAUCCGCACCACAGCAGGCACUCCUUCAGUCCCGUUGGAUCCCAUAUCUGUGUCCAACUCAUCUUCCCAGAUCAUUCUAAAGUGGAAACCUCCAACUGAUCGCAAUGGGAAUAUCACCCACUACCUGGUGUUCUGGCAGCAGCAGCCAGAGGACAGUGAACUGUAUGAGUUUGAUUAUUGCCAGAAAGGUUUAAAGUUACCGUCACGAGCAUCUACAACACACGCUGAUCCCGAGGAUAAUCAGAAGCGAAACCAGACAGAUGCUAAUCACAUCCCUGGUGAAUGCUGUGCAUGUCCAAAGACUGAGUCACAGCUUAAACGAGAUGCAGAGGAGGCUGCCUUCCAGAAGACAUUUGAAAACUACCUGCACAAUGAGGUGUUUAUGAUCAGACCUACACCUCAAGAGAGUGGUACUAAGGACAGUAGACCUUCGCGAAAACGUAGAGAGCUGGGAAUCUUUUCAAACAGCAGUGCUCUGGAUGUGACCACGUCUAGCUCCAUGAGUAAUGUGUCUGCGACAAAAUGGCCCGAGGAGGAAUAUCCAAAAUUUUUGGAGAAGGUGUGGAUGAAGGAGUCCCUGGUAAUCUCCAACUUGCGCCAUUUCUCAGGAUAUCGCAUUGAAAUCCAUGCGUGCAACCAUGAAGUGGAAACUGGAGGAUGCAGUGUUGCAGCUUAUGUCAGCGCAAGGACCAUGCCUGAAGCAAAUGCUGAUGAUAUUGUGGGUCCAGUCACACACGAGGUAAUUGACAAAGUAGUUCACAUCAAAUGGGAGGAGCCAAAGAAUCCGAAUGGUCUCAUUGUGUUGUAUGAAGUCCUUUACAAGCGCCUUGUAGACUCUGAGGAGACGCAACAGUGUGUGUCCCGUAAAAGGUACCUUCAUGAGCAUGGCUGCAAACUGAAGGUACAUCAUCCUGGGAACUAUACAGUAAAAGUACGAGCCACAUCACUGGCUGGAAAUGGCUCCUGGACAGAGCAAAUCUCUUUCUGCAUUCAAGAUUCAAAUACCAACCAUGACAGUGACUUCUUUAAGAUAAUUGGGCCAAUCAUCUUCUUUGCUGUGCUGGUCAUUCUGGUUCCAGUUGUCUUUUUGGUGGUGAAGAAAAGACGAACAGAAGGACCCACUGGAAUUUUUUAUACUUCUUCAAAUCCAGAGUACAUCAGUGCCAACGAUGUCUAUGUUCCAGACGAGUGGGAGGUUUCACGCGAUAAGAUCGAGCUUCUGAGGGAGCUGGGCCAAGGUUCCUUUGGGAUGGUCUAUGAGGGGAUCGCCAAGGAUAUUGUGAAGGGUUGUCCAGAAACGCAUGUAGCAGUGAAAACAGUGAAUGAAUCAGCCAGCCUGCGGGAACGUAUUGAGUUCUUGAAUGAGGCAUCUGUGAUGAAGGCGUUCAGCUGUCACCAUGUGGUGCGUUUACUUGGCGUUGUAUCGAAGGGUCAGCCAACUCUGGUAGUCAUGGAGCUGAUGACUCAUGGUGAUCUGAAGAGCUACUUGCGAUCUUUACGACCGGAUGCUGAGAAUAACCCAGGGCGACCACCACCGUCCCUAAAGGAGAUGAUUCAGACAGCAGCUGAGAUUUCAGAUGGAAUGGCAUAUCUGAAUGCCAAGAAAUUUGUCCAUAGAGACUUGGCAGCUCGCAAUUGCAUGGUGGGAGAGGAUUAUACGGUGAAAAUCGGAGACUUCGGAAUGACCAGAGACAUCUAUGAGACAGACUACUAUCGUAAAGGUGGAAAGGGAUUGCUCCCUGUCCGAUGGAUGGCUCCAGAAUCUUUGAAGGAUGGAGUUUUUACCACUUAUUCGGAUGUUUGGUCUUUUGGAGUUGUGCUUUGGGAGGUCAGCACUCUGGCAGAACAGCCGUAUCAAGGACUGUCGAACGAGCAGGUUCUUAAGUUUGUUAUGGAUGGAGGCUUUUUGGAUCGUCCAGAUAACUGUGCAGAUCGAUUACACACCCUGAUGCAGAUGUGUUGGCAAUACAAUCCAAAAGCAAGGCCCACUUUCUUGGAGAUCAUUGAGAUGCUGAAGGACGAUCUCCACCCGAGUUUUCACGAUGUUUCCUUCUACUACAGCGAGGACAACAAGCCACCGGACACAGAGGAAUACGACAUGGAUUUUGAGAACAUGGAAAGCAUUCCACUUGAUCCCUCUUCUUACUCACAGACAGAGACCCCUCUGAGUCACAGCCGGGACAAUGGCCCUACUAUGGGCCUCAGAGGCAACUAUGAUGAGCACAUACCGUACACACACAUGAAUGGAGGGAAGAAGAAUGGGCGAAUAUUGUCCUUGCCAAGGUCAAGCCCUUCAUAACAUUUCUUUUACCUCCCAUUUCUUUCUGAACUUCAUUUGUUGGGCCCUUAGAAUCUUGGGACUCGAUUAAGGCUGCCACAGUUUGUUACACAAGGAAAGGACCUUUACCUUUGUUUAAAAAAAUGUUUUUUUUCUGCCAAGUGGCUGGUUAUAAAUGAAUCAAACUGUGAAGAAACAAAACACUCAUUCUAUAACAGUAGAAAUAUGUACACGUAUAUACUGUGCCUACAUACAUGUACAGACAUGACGUCAUGCAAAUAUGCGUGCACAGCCAUACAGUUCAACACGUGUAAACAGUUUUAUACUCUGAUACAUACACAGGCACGAUUGCACAUGCACAAGCGCUCACACAGAACACACACAUGUACAUAGACAUGCACACACAUACACGCGUGUACAUAGACACGAAAACAAAACCAUAUCAGUGAAGCAUUUCCAAGGCUGCUAUCAACAUUGCUGUGGUUCCUAGCCAGGAAGUGACCUUCUGAACUUUCAUCUGUGGAGUGCUUGAGGCUGAGAAGUUUAUGCCCAAUUUUGGGGGAAAACAUUUUUUUUAGAAGGACAGUUUAAACAUGAAGAGCAUCUACAGUAUAAAAUGACAAAAAGUCCAAUUUCAUUUUCCUGAAGUGUGAACUUUUUAAAACAGUGGGAAUCUUGCGGAACAUAAACAAGAAAGUAAAUCUGAAUCUUCUACCAAAUUCCAAAACCCUAACACUGAUGUAUACUUCUAAAAACAGAAAAUCACAGCUAGCGGUCAUUUUAGAUGCAAUGGUUGGGUAACAGUUUCUCAGACCAAUAGUUGCUGUUUUCUCUUGUCUGUGGGUUUUAGAAGACAAAUCCUGUACUUUUAAUGUUUUUUGUAUAUAAUUGAUGUUUGUUGUAUUCUCUCCACCAGGAACAGCUUUGCAAUAAUCAAAAAGUGUGCUUCUGAGGACCAGUAGUCCCAGAGGCACAAUUUAUUUUUGUAAAAUGUGGACUAGCAUACCUGAAAUCAACCCCCUCCUCCACCUUCCCUGAUGUUCGAGGGAUAUUGUGUCAGGACACAAAAUAUCUACAACAAACAAAGCUCUGGGUUUCAGAUUCUGCUUUAUGCUUCAUCAAAGGUUUCUUGAAAGCUUUAUUGUUGUGGCUUUUGAGAUAGUGCAAAGUGAUUCAGUGAGCUCAGCAGCAAGACCAAUAGCAAGUGAUCUGGUCUUAAGAUCACUUGUGUACCUCAUUGUGUUGAAGGGGAUUGGAUGAGCAGGAGGAAAUAGUGAACCAAAAGGAAUUCUGUCUCUAUUUGAGUUGGUAGAGAGAGAACAGCAAGGCGCGAAAAGCUGGAAGAAAUUAAAAAGACAGCUUUUGGGGAUGAUGUUUCAGGUAUUUCUUGAGUGAAGGCUGUGCUUCUCCUUAGACUGGAAGUGGGAACCAAGGAAUAGUUAAUGUGCCAUAUUUUAAUAAAAGUAGCACACAUCAAGUAGCAACAACAUGAUUGCUUUUUAAGCUCCUUUUCUCCUUUGAGAUUUCAGAGCCACAAUUCAAACUGGAGCAGGAUUUGGGAGGAGGAUUAAGUCAGUGGAAGGUAACUUACAGCUGCUGUGUUAAUACCAACGUAAAACAGACCAGGAAUAAAAUAGUUGCCUGCUGUUUAUUCUCAAUGUAUGUUUAAUUGGAAUGGAGGACAGUAGAGAACAAAGUGGGGAAAUUAACUCUAAUCUUAUACUUAUGCAAGAGAAAAAGAGAGAUGUUUGGAAUUAAAUCACAGAAUAAGUGGAGAAGGAAUGAUCAUGGUCCCCGAUAUGAGUGUGUAUCACUGGGCUAAAAUCUGAAACCACAGAGAAUUAAUUGAUCAGUUGUUCUGUCUGACUUACAGGUCAGCUCAUGGCUUGUAAAUCUUGUGUUGUGCUCAGUAACCUGCUAUCCUGACCGACAUCAGGGAAGAGAAAAGAGUCACAGGUUUGUGCCAAGUACACAGUGACACUUAAGCUUUUAGACACAAAAAAAAUCAAUCAUAUCCGUGUUCCUCCCACUAAAAUUGAUUUUUCAUUUUUGCCUGAGCAUUCUGUUUGUGUUAGGUGGCAGACGGAUUAAGCUUCUAUACUUACCAACCCAAGAUCUCUAAACCCCUCUUCCCUGCUCUACCCCCUUUCCCACCACCAAGAAGUGAAAGAGAGUUGGGGGCAAAUUGAAACGAGAGAGGGUCCAAGCAUGUGUCCCCUGUCAGUGAUGAAGGAGGAACGUGUGGAGUUCCUUAAGCCAGGGAUAAGCACGUGUCUGUUGGAAUAAUAGUUUUGAAUGGAAAUUGAAUGGGAUGUUGAGAGAGAUUUAAAAUAAAAUGUGGGGCUAUAUGGCUAGAUCAAGGGAAUGGAUCUGACUGGGUUGCUGUGCAGGGUGUUAGCACAGACUCAGUGGUCAAUAGCUGCUUUCUGUUUAUGUCCGUAUGACACCAGUUCCCUUGUGAAUUCAGGCUGAGAGAGUUGGGUUGGAGGGGGGAGAUGUGUUUGCUGGAAAUACAAACACACAGGUGGCUAGUUGAGGCUCAGAAAACCUACAGUAGCUCAUCCAUGCAUUUGGUCCAACAAUGUAGGAAAUAACUGUGAAGGCAGGACAGGGUGGAGCAGAACUCGUGGUGAAAACUUUUAAUGUAAAUACAACUGAUGAAGUGCCAUAAGCUUCUCAUCUCAGUAUUUGUGCUUAACCUAAUGCCCAAGCUCAAUAGGUAGCUAUGUCGUGACUGUGUUACAGCAAUGCCUCCCUCUGUUUUUUUGAAUAACUCCUGCUGCUGCUGAACACAGAGCUUGCCUGUCCCCAGAACCCUUUGCAAUGCCUUUGGAAUUGUGCAGUCUCUUGUCCAGCCAAAUGCAGGGGUUAGGUUAAAGGGAGCCUGUAAGUGAGCAAAUGUUGACUGGCCAUGCACAUUAUGCAUGGAGUCUGGGCUGAAUGGCCUCAUUCUGUGCUAUAAUGUCUCUUAAGGCUCCAGAUUGACCGGCUCAUGUAGGGUUGAAAAGUCUGACGAGAUGAUUCCAACCCAAACUAUUUGCUCACAUGAAUCAUUGAGAUGUUUGGUUCCUCUACAUGAUCAGGUUAAAGCUCGUCUUUUUGCCAAGUAGAAGGUUAUAUUCCCUCAAACCCCAGAUUCUGUAGAUUUGCAGUGGGGUUUAAUUCCCUGUGGGUUUCUGUAAAUUUUAAGCU